CUAUCAACUUUAUAUCCAUUUUCAGAUUUACUUUCAAAAAGCUUGAGUUAUAAUGGCCGAUUUAAUGCAACCAUUCUGGCAAGGUGGGCCAAGUCCUGGGUUAUUUUACGAAUAUCCUGGAAAAUGGUCGUCAGAUGUUGCGAGUCCCUCAGACGCACGAAACAGAACCUCCCAACCCACCGUAACCGGGACCUCUGUGUUGGGGUUAAAGUUUACAGGAGGAGUUAUAAUCGCAGCCGACACUUUAGGCUCCUACGGCUCCAUGGCGCGGUUCCGCAACGUGUCACGCGUCAUGAAAGUCAACGACUCCACGAUACUGAGUGCCGCAGGAGAUUACGCUGAUUUCCAGUUCAUUAAGGCAGAGAUUGAGCAAAUGGUGAUCGAUGAAGAAGUCCUCAAUGAUGGAUUCUUCAUGUCUCCUGGUGCUGUUCACUCCUGGAUGACAAGGAUGCUAUAUCAUCGCAGAAGCAAGUUUGACCCACUAUGGAACAGCGUUACAGUAGCUGGAUUCUAUAAUGGUGAGAGCUUUCUUGGUUCUGUAGAUAAAAUUGGAAUCGCUUUCAAAUCGGCUUCAGUUGCUUCUGGUUUUGGGGCAUAUUUGGCUCAACCUUUGAUGAGGAAAGCAAUUGAAGAUAAUGGGGACAAUCUAAGUUAUGAAAAAGCAAGGCAUGUCAUCGAAGAAUGCUUGAAGGUUCUUUACUACAGAGAUGCAAGGUCGUAUAACCGAUAUGAAAUAGCUGUGGUCACCAAGGAUGGAGUUAAGAUCGAGAAACCAAGUUCAUCUAAACCGGACUGGAACGUUGCUAAUGUGGUCCGUGGGUUUGAAUGAUUGUGACAUCACAAUAUAAACUGUUUGAUGUCUUUAUUUGAAUGGAGGAUAUUCUGUGACUGAUAAUUUGAAUUUUAUACCACUCUAAGAAGUUCAAAUAUUCCAUACUUACAUUAAAGUGUGUUUGUGUAGAUUCCCUUUAUGUGUUUUUGUUGUAAAACAUGUUACAAUCUUAAUGCAUACAAUAAGAAAUCAUCACAAUUACAAUAUACUGGUCUUAGUAUCAAUCCAACAUUAAAUAUAACUUGUUGUGAUAAUAUUUGUAUUCAAACUAUCUAUACUUGGUUGACCAUUUGAAUCUACUUAGUAAAAGUUUCAAUGGGAAACCUGCA